AUGGUGAAUAAGUUCAAGCGGUUUUUCAAGGCACUUGGUGGCAAGCAUUCGAGUUCGUCUUCUAGCUCGUCGAAUCAAUCUACUGGAUCAUUGGCAGCAGUUAACACUCAGCAAUUCGUUAGCGGUCCCUACGGAUCCUCUUCCUCAGUAGCUUUCCAUGCGUCGACGUCCAGGAACUUAAGCACAGCAGAGUUAGAAGCGCGCCUCGAAACGUCCGGGUCUCUCACGGGUACAACGCCUUCCAAUCCACCCUUGGUCGUGAUCGAUGACUAUAUGAAAGACGGCAACAUCGACUGGACUGCGCUCCUCGCUAAGAUCCCCAAACUCGUUGCUGAAUGCACCACUUGUUCCGGACCAGCGACUACCAGUCCACCGACGAAGCGGAAUGGCAAUAACGGAGUAGCAACUUUUGCUGAUCUCCUUGCGCUGCUACAACAAAUGGCCGGUCGAGAGAAUCAACAGCGCGUGAAGCAGUUUUACGCGGGGAAUGAUCCAGUCUACAUUGGAAACGCCUCACCAAGCUGGAAUCAACGUCGAAAGCUGUUCCGACAGUGUCGCCGUGGACUUUUAAUCUGUUGGAAGUUUCUAGUUGCCCAACUAAACGACGAAAAAUCCUCGCUACCAACGGAGACACGCAACUUGUACUUUCAACUUAUCGGGAUCAUCAUGGAACGCGUGGAAUUUCACCUACCGGUCAGCAAUUCCGAGACCGAAGUGUCUGCCAACAGUAGAACCAAGACUCCCAAGAAUUCCGGUAACGUGAGUGGUGCUGGCAUGGGCUGGCUCGCCUAUUCACCCACUGCGACAUUGAACGGGAUGGAUUUCAACGACGAUAUCGCUACCUCUGGACCGAAUUUGAUGGUUAACACUGAGAAUGUCACCCCCAAUGGUGCAAAUAACCGUGGAAAUAUGGACGACGCCACCGACGGUGAACGAGACUUGUACUUGUACAGGUGUCUGCUGAUCGCCACAUUCAAGUACGCGAUCGAGAACCUCGAGUCUGCGCGGCAGAAGCACCGUCCGUACAUUUCUCUAGUGGAAACACGGUUCUUUGCUCGAGUGUUUGCGGUGUGCUUCUUCCGCGUGCCAGUGCUGCAGAACGCGAUGCUUGAGCAGAUAUUCGGUGCUUAUCGUGAGAAGGAGUGGAUCCAUCUACAAGCUCACGAUUCUCGUGUGGAAGAUCUGACUGAGGAGGGGUCCAGUGCUCCACCAACUGAAGCUCGACAGCCGCGACGUGCUUCAGCUUCUCGACCGUGGAAUGGGAACACCUUUGCCGGUUCUCUAGUACGCUGGACAGACUACGAUGGCUACAUCUUGAGUGAAGAAGGCAAUGGGAACGGCACCAGCACGGCCAAAGUAACCAGUCGCUACAACAGCAAACAGUCGGCUCUACGUAGCGAUGAAGAAGCCUUUGUACGUCAAAACCCGACGCUGUUCAAAUGGACCCGCUUCUCGCCGUACUUGGGGCCAUAUCCGGACGCUGACAUUUUCCGUAUGACCGAUAAAACACGCAAUUGCUGGCUGCACAAACUAAGCCACGACGGCGAGUUCUUUUCCAAGUUCAUGGGGUUUGUCUGUCUCCACGCAGCCAACACAGCGCUGGGGAGUGACGUCGUGUGGACGUGUUUACCGGGUUACACUUUGUUGAUACGAGUGUCACUACUGUUGCUGAAAGAGGCUUGUUGGGCCAAGUGGCUGUACGUCCGUGACACGUCUGGUCCAUUGCCGUCCUCGUCCAUGGAAAUCGAGCCAGGAAGUCAAGACGAAGACCGUCUGCCAUUCGAACUUGAGUCCAUUCGAGCGAUUCGAACUGUACUGGACAACGUCGUGCAGCUACUGAGGAACAACCAGCUAUUGGAGAGUUGUGUGUUGGCCAUGUACGAGUGCACUAACGUCCUUCACGCCCGCAGCGUCGAAGUGUGUUUAACGCGUUUUGAAGAAUGGUUCAGCGCCACCGCGAUGCUCACGGAGAUUGGUGGUACCGACAAACGUCGAGGCAGCGGGAUGAUGGUGUAUCGCUUGCCUCCAGGCUUCAGAGGUCAGACUUUCGCGACGGGUAUGCGCUUCAUGUUGUCCAGUGAGAACUGCGAGAUCCUCAGCAGCACGUUGCUGUUCCUGUACCAUCGAAUGGACUACUUUGAAGGCGACUUACGCCAGAGCGUCCUCAAGGCGCUGGUGCAGCGCCACAUGACCUUCUUCUUGCACUGGAACGCCGAAGUCCGCACGAAAUACCAUCACCUACUGGUCUAUCGCGUCGUGCGAGCCAACCGGUUUGUCCUGGACUCGCCUAUUGAUCACCUGCUCAUCGGACGCUGCGCUAUCUCGUCUCUCGAGCUCAGUCGAGCGCACGACAAUGAAUACGACGAAGAAGAGGGAUACAGUCGCCACAAUAGCAAGGAGAACCGCUUCAACGAUGCAGUGCAGCACCCGUGCAACCCGACCAUGACGGCUGCAGACAUCACUGUUCUUCGUACGGAGCAAGCGCUAUGGCGCGCGUUUGACGCCUGUCUGGCCGUCAUCAUCGCGCAGGAGCGACGAUACGCUCGUGAGGGCAACCGCAAGUUCCAGAAUGAGCAACUGGCUGCUCGGAGUCGCGCUCUGGCGUUCCGAACAUUAAAACGCCACACUACUGAAGACUCGAACGCAGCAGCGACGACCAGUGUGAACGAGGGGCUGCCAGGAGGCAAACCAUGUCAUGAAGUGGAGCUGCUGGACGAAGAACUGCGUCGAGAACCUCCGUACUACUUGCGCUACUUACCUGGAGACGAGCUGGCCAUGCUGGAUGAACUGCGUCGUCUCGCCAGCUCCGUGAGGUAUCCGCAUUACUACCAAGUGUACGCGGCACACUCGCUUCGCUGCUAUUCAGAUCUGCUCAAGCAAUACUACCGCGAACUCGACAGUAAUGGCAGUGUGGAACCCCCUCCGCUGGGCUUCUUCUGAGUCUAAAAUGUGUGGUCGUUGGUCGAUAACUUUGAUUAAUUCAUUCAUCUGUUGGCG